UUCAAUUUACACGUGAGCGUAAGGCGAGUGACUAAUAAAAUUUGAACAAUUUUUUUAUUAUAAUAAUCAGUAACUACGAUACUAUACCACACGUCCGGUUGUUAGUAUAGUAUUUUAUCUCGCUCGGAACAACUCAGCGCCACACUGUCUAUCACGACGAUUAAAAUAGCUCAUAAUUGUCCUAAACAUAAAAAAAGUAAUCCUAAACGUUUGAAUGUUUACUAAGUAUGAUCAAAUUUUUAUUCGCAUCGCUAUAUCAACGAUACGUAUAUAUAAAUAUACCGUCUUACGUUUGUUUUCGAUUUGUGAGCUUUUUGCGUCAGUCUUAUCUCAACUUUCAGAGAUGAUCAAUCAUGCGUGAAAAAAGUUUGCUAUUGUUAAGUUUGAUGUGAUUUCGACGUAUGGGACUAAUCCGUAUAAAGUCGUGCCAUUUAAAUGAGUGAAGGACACAGAUAAAAAUAAGGUUAAAACCUUAAGGUAAAAUUUUGCGCUAAAACUCAAUAUCCUUCACAAGACGAUGUGUUUGAGGAAUUUGAAAACAUUUUAAAGUGCAACCAACCUAAGUCAAGAUGGAUAGAGUGCAGUGGUAGUUUAGAAUAUCUAAUAAAUUUCUAUCUCGACAAGUUGAUAUUCAUCAAGACUAGAAGAAAUGAAUUUAUUCCAGAAGAAUUACUGUUUCUUGACUACACAGAACGGUUUUACAUACCAAAUGACUGAUACGCGGUCACCAAGUGAAGGAGAGAGACCGGUCCUGGUUGUUCCAAAGUUCCUGAGGGAAAGCUUCGAAAUGGCUGAUCGCAAGGCGUCUCGUAGCCGACCAGAGAAAUCGAAGGAAGCUCCUGGAAAUGCAGUUUCAAGAUUUAUUCAACGCCUCAGUCCCACAAAGAGGUACCGUGGUCAAGAAAAUCCAGGAGCUAGUUCCAGUUCUAUCUCUCAGAAGACUGAUUCAAGAUCUGGAAAAAAAGACUCUUCAACAACGAAGAAUUCGUCUCGCAAGGAAUACAAGCAUUCUGAAAAGUUAACCAAAUCGUCUUUGAAUCUGCUAGAGUCUUCUUCUUCAAGUAAAAUCAGGUUUUUGUGUUUUCGGUGCACGGCUGUAAUCGCAAAAAAUGAUCGGUUCGACCGCUGUCUCAUUUAUAAAUUUGCCUUUACACAGCGAUAUGAUACCAGUGUUGUAUUGGCACUUGUUCAGGAGAACGUCUUCAAAAUAGAUAAUUUCUCCAGUCUAACAGUUCCCGUAAAAGAAAUUAUCAAGAUGGACUCAUCGCAAAAUAAUUACGGACAGAAACCAGAAUCUACGUCAAUAAGUCAACGUUAUCCAAUCCUACGAGCCUUUCUGCUGGCAGAACCAAGUGAAUACGAGAAAAUACGUAACGGAUCAUCGGCGUCAAGAUAUAACAACAAUAACAAUUCUGCAUUUGUUUCGUCCACAUCCAUGGACAGCGGCAAACAAAAGCACGAAGAUGAUGAAAAUACAUCACAAAAAAAGUGAAACUAUUAUUUUGUAUGUCAAAGGUCUUUAUAUAAAUUUAAUUGAUUUAUAUUAUAUUUUAUUAUAAUAAGUUAAUAAAUAAUUGCAUUGGUAUUGUAUGUACUUUCAUUAAAACCUGUUAGUUAUGCUCAUAUCUACUUUACUCAGCCAGCUGCAAAGCUUUUAUUUUAAAUGGAUCUUGAAUGUUCAAGUUAUCUAAACAUGAAA